AGAGGAGCUCAGCAUUGCGCAGAGCAUGUAGCCGAAACUACAUCAGACUGCGGUGCUGAAGUUUUUGUCUGUUGCGGAUUUGAAGUGACUUCUUCUUCCUCUUCUUCUUCUUCUUCUUCUGCGGGACCAACACUGACAACAUUCAGAACUCCUCUUCGACACUCAACUAAAUGACAAGUAGGCAGCGACACAGGACCGCUCAGUGACACCCGGGCCGCGAUGGAGAGCAAGGGAUUACUUCGCUGUAAGAUUGUGGUGGUCGGCGAUGCGCAGUGUGGCAAGACGGCUCUCCUCCACGUUUUUGCCAAAGACUCGUACCCAGAGAACUACGUUCCCACGGUGUUUGAGAACUACACGGCCAGCUUCGAGAUCGACAAGCAGAGGAUCGAGCUCAACAUGUGGGACACUUCAGGUUCAGCCUACUAUGACAACGUGCGGCCGUUAGCUUAUCCUGACUCUGACGCUGUGCUCAUCUGCUUUGACAUCAGCCGUCCAGAAACACUGGACAGCGUGCUGAAAAAGUGGCAGGGUGAGACGCAGGAGUUCUGUCCCAAUGCCAAAGUGGUGCUGGUCGGCUGCAAGCUGGACAUGAGGACGGACCUCAACGUCAUGAGAGAGCUCGCCAAACACAGACUGAUUCCCGUCACCCACGAACAGGGCACAAAUUUGGCGAGGCAGAUCGGUGCCGUGGCCUACGCAGAGUGCACCUCAAAGUAUUCGGAGAACAGCGUCCGGGACGUUUUCCACGUCACCACCCUGUCGUCCGUGUCCCGCAUCCAUCGGCCUCAGCUCAAACGUGCUGGCUCACGUCGCGGCCUCAAGCGGGUCUCCCAGCAGCCGCCCCGGACUGAGAUUCACGAGCACCCGCCCGCCAUUAGAAAGGACCGGGCCAAAAGCUGCGUGCUCAUGUAGGACCAGAGUCUACGAGCCACCUGACCGCCGUGUGCUGAUGGACAUGAAACCAUACCGCACACGAACUUAAUUUAUUGGUGAAUCCUUGUCAGAUCUUUGCACUGCAUAAAGGACAAUAUGAUGAAAACAAGAACGAAUGCUAUCCUGUGGAGUUUCUUUGAGGAAUUGUUUGUCCUUCUUUAGCAAAACUCUCCUUGUUAUUUUUCUCUGUGGCCGUGCUCUCAUCAGGGGAGGUCAUUGUUGUGGCAAAUGCUAUUUUUCUUUAACGCUUUUACUUGACCAAGUGGACAAAAAUGGUCAUGGACACAAACGGGCUGGUUAGCAAAUGAAACACAAGGACAGAAAAAAAAGUGAUUUUGAAGAUUAAAGGGAAAAAAAUAAUUGGAAAGAUCACCUUGCAGGAACCAGCAGCAGCAGCAGUGCUGGUCUUGACCUCUGUUAUGUUGUUUCCUGUUUUGAAAUGCUAUUCUCUCUUUAAGUGUAAGUAAAAUGAAGCACAAUACGAUGCACGCAAACUGCUCUGAGUCAUUCGUAAAUGCCAGGAGAUGAACUCUGCUGUUCCACUUCAUGUGACAAGCUGAAAAGAAAAUCUAGACAGAAAAAAAACAACAACAACUCGUGGGCUGAGAUGACACUAAUUUUCUUAAACCACAAGUGCUUUUAAUAUUGAAAAGUCAAUAAUCACUCACCACGUACUACUGAAGUGUUGUGAAAUUAAUAUUGUUCUAAUAAUCCUCACUGGGAAGGAAAGUCACAGAGGGAACAAAGAGGGUGACUGUUACGGUAUGUUGUACAUGUGAUAAUGAAAUUAAAAAAAACUUCAUCU